AUGCCACCCCACCAGCAACUUGCAACAAUCACGCCUGACACAUGUGGAGUGAAGGCAAAGUUUGGCGAUAGCCAGCCUAUGUAUAUCUACUGCGACCUCUGCGUAUACAAGCUACGGAAUAUCAUAAUCAUACAGGAAGGCGACCAAGAUAUCCGCGACUCUCCAGAAUUUCACUUCACCAUUCUUGAAACCAUCAACGGUCUGUUUCCCGACGAUAAAUACGCAGAGUGGUUCCCCUGGCAAAGGCGAGAUUACGGCAUCGAUGACAGCGAUAAGGACAUAUAUAGAUGGGCCAGUUGCUGUGAGGAGGGGAUGGCGACAAAGAGAUUCAGGGCUCUGAUCGAUAUAUUCUUCGAGAAGUACGCUGACGAAGAGGUUAAUGGAGUGGAAGAAGGGUCCUUGCCCCUGAAUCAUAUUUUUAGGAUCCCGUCUCGUUAUCGUAGGAGACGGUCUAGGUUGCUGGAGGAGGAGGUUUCUACUCGAGUUGAAUUGGAUUCAGAGUUGAGGAACCCGUCAGGAAUAGUUGAAAGUGUUGAACAUGAUGAUGAAGAAUAG